UCGUUUUGUUUUGUUUUGUUUUUUGUUACACCUUUGGAGAGCUCAGAGAAGAAAUUAUUUGGUGCGCACUGCCGCCUAUUGGUGAAUUUAGGAAACCACAACAGAAAGAUCUCGGGAGGGCAAUUAUCACCAUCAGUGCAGCUGAAGUGUUAAUUCAAACCCCUGGGUGUUUGAGUUCGAACAUAGAAAUAACAUGAAAUAUGAAGCACUGAUAAAGUCUUGAGGUGUGAAUAAAUAUGAAUGGGUUCAAUGAUCAACAUCACUACAUUAAUAUCCAUCACUUUACUUUCAUAUAGAUUCCUUCCAUUUUAAUUCUAAUUUUAAAACUGUAAACUCCUUUGAGUCAGAUGUGUUUUGUGGAUAUGGGCUAUUGUCUAUCAAAAUAACACAUUACGGGACCACAACAAAAACAAAACAAAAUGUAUGUACAAUAAACCUAUUCAAAAUUAUUUAUAUAUUCUCACACAAUGAGUUCGAGUCCACCAGCUGCUGAAUUACCACCGAGGUGACUGAGUGUUGCACCAUCCCCACACACUGCUCCCUUGAGCUGCCCCCCUCACGUUGGUGAAGGGUAAAAUGCCGAGGUCACAUUUGGUUGUGUGCAGUGUUGUGCUGUGUCACAGUGACAAGUAGUUCACUUUCCUUCUUCACUGGUCCACCCAUGUUGACAUUCAUCAGGGCGAUGGUGUUAGUCUGCAUUUCCUGUCAAUAUAUCCAACAACUUCACAUCCAACAUGUAAACAGCUACAGGAAACCAGACCUAAGACCUAGACUAUUACUAUUAUGUCUGCUUGUGUUUGAAGCUGGAGCCAAUCUUUGCAGUCACAUUGUGGAAUACUGCCGUCCUUUAUGGUCAUUUCAGGAAUGUGAAGGAAGCAAACUUACCCAUAGAAUACAGUUUAUCGACAUAUUUUUGUAAAGUUGCUGCUGUUUCCCAGUUCAUUCUACAUUCAUCUGUAUGCUGCUAUCAUUUAAUUUAAUGUAUUUAUGGUGAACUACAUUAGAUUAAAGGCCAUUGAACAUUCUGUAAAUGCAUUUGUGCACAAUAUUUUGUGUAUGCUGCUUUAAUAAAAACAGCCAUAGAUUCCACAGACAUUAGCAUAAAUAGGCUCCACUUGACAGUAAUUAGGAAAGGACACAGAGAACAGCUCUCCCUGUUAUGGUGCAACACAAAACAAACAUGUUUUUUGUUCUACUUUCAGCCGCAGCAGCCCGGGUUUUCACUCGGUCUCUUGGUGCCUAAUUAACUGGCCCGGCUGUUGGAGAGUUCAUUAUCAAUUCUGCUGGAACAAAAAAAAAAAAAAAAAAACGCUCGAAGCACAUUGUGUGUUUUGGAGAGAUGUAAUGAUGAAGUCUUUGUGAAAGUGAUUUGAUUUUAGGAAUAUUUCUCCCUCCCUCUCUCCUGGGAUCAUGAUCGCCUCGUUCACCUGCUGAUUACAGCAGCAGUCAGGUCCCUGGUAAUCGGUGUGGAGAACAGCGGCGUGUUCCCAUAGAUACAUCCCAACAGAUGGGUUCUCAUGACGCGCAGCAUGCAUCGUGGGGAAACAAACUCGUUUGGCUCCUCACCGCCACCUGCUGUGUGGCGCAGCACGCAACGCGGAUAACUCUGCACCGGCUCCUCCUGCAGGAGCAGAGUGGACUUUAGCAGCGCGUGGAGAGUUGACAUCUGUGACUCCGGGUCAGUCGUUUCACUUCCAUUCAUUCAUUCAUUCAUUCAUUUUUGCACCAGGAACCUCGCGAAGCUUCAACUUAUUUGUAAACACAAAAUUACCGACUUCCAGAAACAGCUGUGCGCCGCGCUCUGCUCCAGUCGCCCCCACUUCCCCCCAAACAUUUGAGCAGCAUGGAUCAGCGCUGAUGUCAUUAAAAUGGCCUGUGAGCUUCUGACUCGGACCUGGGAUCAACCUGUUGUCAGUGCAUAAUUUCUUCGUGUUCAAUGUGCGGCGAUGGCUUCGGAAAAGCCCAACUUUCUGUCGCAGCCGGUGGUGAAGAACGUGUUCAUGUUCCGUAAUGGAGAUCCGUACUACGAGGCUCGUCGGAUCGUGAUAAACCAGAAGAGAGUGUCCAACUUUGAGACUCUGCUGAGAGAGGUGACCGGUGGGAUACAAGCUCCGUUUGGAGCCGUGAGGAACAUCUACACCCCCAGAGGAGGCCACAAGGUGGACUCCAUGGAGGGUCUGCAGAGCGGGGAGCAGUAUGUGGCUGCAGGGAGGGAGAGGUUCAAGAAGCUGGAUUAUCUACAUAUCGGCUUGAGGAAGAGAAGGAUGUUGCAGACUCUUCCGUUUCAGGCCAAACCAGUGCCACAGAGUAGAAUCAUUGUUUCAGCUAGAUUCCUCAAACCCAUCAAGGAGCCAUGCACAAUAUUCGUGGUUGCAAAUGGAGAUGUGCUCAACCCUGCAGUGAGACUACUCAUCCACCAGAGGCUGCUAGGCCAGUUUGACAAAAUACUAGAGAUGAUCACAGAGAGGAUGGGACUCAAAGUCUUGGGGGGCGUUAGAAGUCUGUACACCUAUGAAGGCCAACAAGUGACAGAUGGGCCUCAGCUGGAGAGUGGGCAGCUCUAUGUGGCUGUGGGCCGAGAAAAGUUUAAGAAGCUGCCUUACAGUGACCUACUUUUCCCCAAGCCAAGAGGGACGAGGAGGGCGAACGGAGUGAAAGCCAACUCUCUUCCACCAAUCUACAGAUUCUCCAAGCUAAAUGGAAACAGUAAAUCCACCACCAGGCGCAGUGACAGCGGAGGCACGGAGACCAAGACCUCGCCUCAAGGCCAUAGUGGAAACAAGGAACACCUGUCCUCCAUUGUCAGAGAAAUCUCUCAGGCCAGGCUCCUCUCCCUCAGGAAGAAACGGAGCGGACAAAGCAUGACACUCGCCGCCUCUGAUACCGAUGACCAGGAAUCAAAAGCUAAUGAUGGAAACACUGAUGAUAAACCCCCCGAAGACCAACCAGAUGAAGAGAAACCUGCAGAGGAUGAUACACAGGCUGCAGAAGAGAAUGACAAAAACGGAGGAGAGGAGGGGAAGCCUGCCUUGGAAAACAGCAAUGAUGAAAAUGUGUCUCCUGACAGCGAAGCAGAUGAGGAGACAAACAAGGAGACAACUGUUGAGGAGGACGAAGAGAAAAAAGAAAAUGAAGCAACAGAAGACAAGGCUGAUGAAGAGCCAGAUAAUGAAAAAGAGAGCAAAGUAGAGGAGAAAGAAGGAGACCAGAAGGCAAAUAAUGAUGAAGAGGGUCAGGGAGCAGUUGAAGACGAGAAGAAAGAAGGCGAGGAGGAGGUGGAAAUUGAAGAAGAAGUGAAGGAGGAUUCGGAUGAGAAAAAGGAGGAGGUGACGAGUGAGGAACAGGGGCCCGCUAGUAGCACCCAUGAUAAGAGCCAGGACAGUGAAGAGAAAGGGGAUGGAAGUCAUACAUCUUCUGUGGGUGAGGAGAAGGAGGCGGAGAAGGAGGCAGAGGAGGAGGAAGAGGAGGAGGAAGAGGAGGAGGAGGAGGAGGAGGAGGAGGAGGAGGGCAAAAACACUGAGGGACAAGAUAAAGACAGUGAGGACCAAAAUAAUGAUGUAGACAAGGACAAGGAAGAGAACAAGGCAGAAAACAGGGAUGACCCAGGGAGGACUCAGUCAGAUGGUGAGACAAAGGGCAGUGAUAAAAGCAGGAGUAACAGCAGCAACAGUAACCAGGAGGACGGGAGGGAGGACACAAAGGAGGGAGCUGCUAAGGAGUCAGAGCAAGAGGAGAGACAGGAGAAUGGAGACGGUGACAAGCAGGAAAGUGAAGCAGAACUAGAGGCGGGGGGGGGAAGAGGACUCAAAGAUGCAACAACAAGUGGAGAAAAGGAGGAGGUUGGUGGAAAGAAUUGA